AUGGGCAGAGAGAUGAGAGCACGGAGGAACCUGAGAGUCGUCGCCACAACGAAGGCUUUGCUUGCCGAAGACAUCUGUGCAAGAAGGCAGCUUCUGCAGGCUCUGCCAUUUCGCGAGCUCUUCUGGGACCCUGUGCACGGAGAGAUCUCUCUUCAGCCGGUCUCAGUCACCAUCUUGGACACCCCCGAGUUCCAACGACUCUGCCACAUUCGACAGCUGGGAAGAGUUAGCUAGGUGUACCCAGACGCAUCGCCCAUCCGCUUCGACUACAGCCUUGGAACGGCGCAUCUGGCGACGCUUCUGGGCUCCCGAAUACGAGAACGCCAACCCGAGCUGAAUGUCACCGACAAAGAAUUGCUGUGCUUGGAAAUAGCGGCCCUCUGUAGUGACCUGGGUUACGGGCUGUUUUCUCUCCAUCUCAUCUUGGGUAACAUCGAUCAAUCAUGCCCUUCCCGCGGGUUCCUCUUUCGAAUAGUCAACAUCCCCGACUCCGGUCUUGACGUGUACAAGUGGGACUACUACUUACAGGACUGUCACGCUGUCGGCGUGGCGCCCUGA